GGCUAGAAUCACAAAACAACCACUCAAGCUAUCGUCCGAGAGAUUGAAUUGCAAAGUGAUGAAAUUGCUGCUCGCUAUUUGACAACUAGCGUAUUACCCAUAGUCCCUUAAUUGACCUGGCUUCUCAGCUACAAUCCUUAUCAACAGCCUCACUACGACGCCACCCGUGGAUAUCUAAUCCAGACGACUUGUUGGUACAUGUAGGAAACUGACCUGCCAUCUGCUCAUCCCGGCAUCAUGGGUGUCUUGGAGCUCCUAGAAAAGAAUCGAACCGAGGCACGAGAGCGUCGUAUGGCCCUCAUUGCGGCUGAAGAUGCAGCCGCCGCCGCCGUGAAGAAAGAGUAUAGCCCAACCCAAGCUGUUGAACCAAAGCAGGACUCGUUGCGGCAGAUAAAACCCACAUACUCGGGUUUAAAGCCCGCGAAAAGGAGGAAAAUCACUGGUCCGUUGAACGACAAGGUUUCCGAGUCCCCAGCCAGUACGAGCGUACUAGGCAGACUCUCCGCCUCGCCUGGUUUAGAGGACGCUGUAUUGAACGUUAAAAUCCCCGAGUCUUCAGCUAGUCUGGACGUGCUGGGCACACUUUCCACCCCGCCUGAUUCCAAGGAUGCUGUAAGAUAUGGCCCCGGCCGAAAGGCUCCCAGGAAGAAAGCAAUUGCUUCAUACACAAACAAGCAGGCGGUCGACACACGGAUCCGGUCUUCCGAGUGGUACGAAAAAAUAAAUAUGAGGGAGAAAUACUCUCGUGGAGACUUGCAAUCAGUGGCAUAUCUUCGUACACUGUGCCACAACUAUGUUUCUGCUAGUCACGGCAGUGAGCGCGAGAAGGCAGCUACAGAGAUCCGUACGAAACUUCACGAAAUGGAGUUUUUUCAAUGCAUUAGCGGCAUAAUAAUCAAGAAGUCAAGGAUCUUGGAGGAUGACGGAUUACCCCGAAUAUUUGAUAACCAAGAUGGCGUCGACUUUCCCUUUGAUCUGCGUGCGGAUGCAAAGGCAUUAUAUCUCCGCUGGAUUGUAGGAGAUCUUGAUUCUCAUCUCCUACGGGGUAUAACGACUGAAAAGGGUCGGCUGGAAAGCGGUAUGAAGCGUACCUCACACAGGCUUGACAAGAAAUAUUCAUUGAAAAGGUCAGCAAAUGUGGUCGGCGAUAACUGUCUUGUCAAUGGCCAAUGGUGGCCAAACCGAAUUUGUGCUCUCAGGGAUGGCGCGCAUGGGGAGCAGGAAGCUGGAAUCCAUGGGCAGGUCGGAAAAGGAACCUACUCGGUGGUUGUGGCGCAGGGUGGUUAUGCCGACGAAGACAAAGAAAUGGCUAUUGAAUACUGUGGCACACAAAGCGAAAAUUCGAUUCCAACGAAGAACACCAAGCUUCUGCUGGAAUCCUACGAAUCAGAACAGCCUCUUCGAGUCCUCCGAGCAGAAAAUAAGAGCUCCAAAUUUGCACCGAAGAAGGGGAUACGAUAUGAUGGACUCUACACUGUCGUGGAAUAUACCAUUCUGGACGCGGGCACUGCUAUGUAUCGAUUCUCCCUUCGUCGCUGCAAAGACCAAGAUCCAAUACGUUACAGAGGCCCAGAGGCCAGGCCAACAGACCAAGAACUCAAACAAUAUGCCCUCAUUCGAGAAAGUCUGGGAAUCGCGUAGGAAUGUUUUCUGAUGUUACAGUGCGAUUGAGUCCUUUCAGAAUAUGCUAUUACGGGCCGUACGUUAUGGCUCGAGAGUGCCUAAUACCGACGGGUUGUAUUAUUAUAUACUAAUUUGCUCUGCUGCGUGGGUUUCUGCUGAUGACGGAGUGUAUGAUACCAAGGGAUUCUCUUUUAUACCAACCAGCUAUGCCGCAUGGAAUUCUCUUAUUAUUCAUGGAAUGCUUAAAUAGACUAUGCAAUGAACGCGAGAGCUUUAUUACUCCAUAUU